CCGGGGGAGGUGCGGCUCCGUCCCUGCGCCCGCCGCCGCCGCCGCCGCCGCCGCCGCAGCCAGGGCGUGGGCCGGGCUGGGCCGGCGCUGUCCAGCUGCCCUCAGCGCGCCGCGGCCGGUGCCGCCAUGGGCAGCCCUCGGCCCCGCGCCUCCGUCCUGCUCCCGCUCCUCUGCCUCUGUGCCCUGCCGCUCGGCGGCUCCUCCAACAAAGCAAAUAAACACAAGCCCUGGAUUGAAGCCGAGUAUCAGGGCAUCAUCAUGGAGAAUGAUAACACGGUCCUGCUCAACCCACCACUCUUUGCACUGGACAAAGAUGCCCCACUGCGCUAUGCAGGUGAAAUCUGUGGCUUCCGGAUCCAUGGGGCAGGGGUGCCCUUUGAAGCUGUGAUCUUGGACAAAGCUACAGGCGAGGGGCUGAUCCGGGCUAAGGAACCAGUGGAUUGUGAAGCACAUAAGGAACACACAUUUACCAUCCAGGCUUAUGACUGUGGAGAGGGACCUGAUGGGGUUAAUACCAAGAAAUCACACAAGGCCACAGUGCAUGUUCGAGUAAAUGACGUGAAUGAGUUUGCUCCUGUCUUUGUGGAAAAGUUGUAUCGUGUGGCAGUGACUGAGGGAAAGCUGUAUGAUCGCAUCUUGCGUGUGGAGGCCAUUGAUGGAGACUGCUCGCCACAGUACAGCCAGAUCUGCUACUAUGAGAUCCUGACCCCUAACAUUCCCUUUCUGGUUGACAAUGAUGGGAACAUUGAGAACACGGAGAAGCUGCAGUACAGUGGAGAACGUCUCUACAAAUUCACAGUAACGGCAUAUGAUUGUGGAAAGAAGCGGGCUUCUGAUGAUGCUGAAGUGGAAAUCCAGGUGAAACCCACCUGCAAGCCCAGCUGGCAGGGCUGGAACAAGAGGAUUGAGUACACACCGGGUGCAGGCAGCCUUGCACUCUUUCCGAGCAUUCACCUGGAGACCUGCGAUGAGCCCCUGUGGAACAUCCAGGCCACGGUGGAGCUGCAGACAAACCAUGUGGCUAAGGGCUGUGACCGCGAUAACUACUCUGAGAAGUCACUACGCAAACUCUGUGGUGCUGCUUCAGGAGAGAUCGACUUGUUGCCUGUACCUAGCCCCACAGCAAACUGGACUGCACGGCUCUCAGUGCACUACAGCCAGGACAGCAGCCUCAUCUACUGGUUCAAUGGCAGCCAGGCUGCCCAGGUGCCUGUGGUGAAUGGGCCAAAUGCCCAUGAGGGGCUGAGUGACCACUUCACCCUGUCUGUAUGGAUGAAACAUGCUGUGGUGCCUAGCAAAGGCAGGAGGGAAGAGGAGACAGUGAUCUGCAGUACAGUGCAGAGUGAGGAUGGCUACUCACAUUACUCUCUGGCUGUGCAUGGCUGCCGAAUUGCAUUCCUAUACUGGCCAUUGCUGGAGAGUGCAAGGCCUGUGAAGUUCCUUUGGAAGUUGGAGCAGGUCUGUGAUGACGAAUGGCACCAUUAUGCCCUCAACCUUGAGUUCCCCACUGUCACGCUUUAUGUGGAUGGAGUCUCUUAUGACCCCGCUCUCAUCCAUGACAAUGGCCUCAUUCAUCCUCCGCUGCAGGAGCCCUCCCUCAUGAUUGGAGCCUGCUGGACUGAGGAGAAAAACAAAGAGAAAAUCAGAGGAAAUGAGAACACUACUGAUACUGUACAAGGAGAUCCUUUGCCGAUACACCACUACUUUCAUGGUUACUUGGCUGGCUUCACUGUGCGGCCUGGCAGCUUGGAAAGCCGGGAGGUUAUUGAAUGCCUCUAUGCCUGCCGUGAGGGGCUUGAUUACAGCGACUUUGACAGUCUGGGCAAAGGGAUGAAGGUUCAUGUCAACCCCUCUCAGUCCCUGCUCACCUUGGAGGGUGACGAUGUGGAAACCUUCAACCAUGCAAUCCAGCAUGUGGCUUACCUGAACUCACUGCGCUUUGCUACUCCUGGAGUCCGGCCGCUCAGGCUCACCACUACUGUCAAAUGUUUCAGUGAAGAGUCCUGUGUCUCCAUUCCUGAUGUGGAAGGCUAUGUUGUGGUGCUACAGCCUGAUGCCCCCCAGAUCCUGUUGAGUGGCAAUGCCCACUUUGCUCACCCUGCCUCAGACUUCGAGGCACCUGAUGGGGUUCCCCUGUUCCCCAACCUCCAGAUCACCUGCUCUAUUUCUCACCAGGUGGAGGCCAAGAAGGAUGAGAGUUGGCAUGGUACUGUGACAGACACACGAAUGUCAGAUGAGAUUGUGCACAACCUGGAUGGCUGUGAGAUCUCACUGGUAGGAGAUGACUUGGACCCAGAGAGGGAAUAUCUGCUGCUGGAUGGGGCAUCCUUGCAGCAGCGGGGCCUUGAGCUUGUUAACACCUCUGCCUACCUCACCAUCACAGGAGUGGAGAGCAUUGCAGUAUAUGAGGAGAUACUACGUCAGGUCUCCUACCACAUCAGCCAUGGUGCUGCUCUUUAUGAAAGGAAAUUUCACCUGUCCUGCACUGAAAUGAAUGGACGCUACUCCAGCAAUGAAUUUACUGUUGAGGUGAAUGUCCUCCACAACAUGAACCGAGCUGCUCAUCCUAACCAUAUUCUGAGUUCCCAGCUGUUCAUGCACCGAGGCCAUCACUUACCCCCAGAACUAUCUGGGCACAGUUUGGCAAGCACACAUGGUGACUCUAUGGUCCCCAGUGCAGCCACUAUCAUCAUUGUGGUGUGCGUGGGCUUCCUGGCACUCAUGGUGAUCCUUGGCAUCCUGCGCAUCCACUCACUUCACCGCCGGGAAGCAGGGCAAGAGGUCCGUGGGGCUGCUACAGGGGGGCGCACAGGCACCAGCAGCAAAGACGGUGACAUGUUCUGGGAUGACUCAGCCCUCACAAUCAUAGUCAACCCCAUGGAGUCCUACCAGAGCUGCCAGGAGAGGGCAGCAGAAAGCAGCGAGGGCAGAGCUAGUGAGGGCAUGGAGGAAGAUGAUGACAGCAGUGACUCAGAGACACCUGACUCCCCAGACAGCAACGAUGUGGAUGACCGACACAUCAUGGGCAAAAGAGAUGGCUCUCACCACUACUAGGAGCCUUAAAACAUCAUUCCAAUGGAUGCCCACACCAUAUGGAAAGACGGUGUGUCUUAUUUUAAUCUCCUCCUUCCCCUACCUUGUACACAUACUCUCCUCCCUCAUUUCUGCCUUCCAUGUUCCUUCCUCUUCUGUCAUUCUCAUUGUGGACAUUCCCCACACUACUGCCCCCCCCCCCCAUUUGGCUCUCUAGAAACACCUGUUAGAGCACUUGCACCUGACAGUGGCACAGUUCAAACUAUGAUGAGGAAGGAGGGGCUUGGAAAGAAUAGAAAAUUGGAAGAGGAGUCAGCCGUAGGGCUCAGAGUGGGGUCUCUCACAACCCCUCCCCACUCUCCAGAUAUUAUAUAUAUAUAUUGUAUAUUUUUUCAAUGUUGUCAUUUGAGGUUUAUUCUUGUUUCAUGCAAAAAACAAAACACUGCAGCUUGUGUCGCUUUGUAAAGUUGUCGAUACUCCUAAACUAAAUGAACGAAGGAAAGAAGGAUGAGGAAAUGAAAUGGAUUUUAAAAUAAAUGGAUUUAAAAUAACA